ACUAUUUCAGCAUCGUUAAUUAUUCUUUUCUUAUAUAUUUUUUUUUCUCGAAUGUUGCUUAAUUUCACAAUACGUUGAAAUGCCUUUGAAAAGCAAUUGCACUUGUUAUUUGGAUUACCCGGUAAUGACGUUACAUUAUAAAUAUUCAUAUAUUUAACACGUUUCCAAAUUGGUCACGUUUAAAUGGAUCAACGAUUUGGAUUAUAAAUACAUGUGUGUCAUAUCUAUCCAACAUAUUAAUCCGGAGACUGAUAAAAACUAUAAAGGAAUAUACAAUUUGUCUCAGGUCAGUUUUCAAUGGCUUUAUCAAAGAGAAUUACGAGAGAUUUACUUCAGUGCAAUAACUACAGAGUUCUAGUAAAGAGAUGUAUAUGUGAGCAUGCGGCAGCCGCCAUGAUGAAUGAACAACACUGUGAGACAAUUCCCCUAACAGACGACAUUAAACCUUUCAGCGAGAUCCCUGGUCCAAAAGGAAUAUACAAUAUACCAUUUCUAGGAAUCGCCUUACAAUUUAAACCUUUUACCAAUUACACUCCAAGUGACAUGCCUGAGCUUUUGUGUAAUUUACGAGACAAAUAUGGUGAUAUCGUCAGACUGAAAACUGGAACGUCGUCCAUGGUUUAUGUAUUCCAUCCAGAUUAUGCCAAAACUGUUUUCCAAGCUCAAUAUAAAGAACAUGCUAAAACGCAGAUGAAAUUACCAGAAACAUUUUUCAAAAGAAACAACAUCCCAAAAGGAGUGGUUCUACUGCAGGGAGAAGAGUGGAUGAAGAUGCGCCGUUCAACGCAAGAAAAGAUUUUACGGCCGGCAAUUGUAGCGAAUUAUGUCCCUUUGAUAGAAACUGUGGCAGACGACUUUGUAGAUCAGCUACGUAAAACACAAAUGAUAAAUGAUCUCCAUAAAGAACUUACAAACUACACAAGUGAAAGUAUUGGUAUGUUGUGUUUCAACAAACGUCUUGGCUACCUCGAUGGCACAAGUGACUUCGAUUUCUACACAAAUCUCCAGGAAAUGCUUACCAGUUUCCAUCAAGCUUUUUUCCUGCCUAUUAAGUCAUACAAGUACUUCAACACAGGAAUCUACAAACGUUUUGAGUCGUCUACUCUUAAGAUUUACAGGUUAGCAGAGCGAGAAAUAAAAUCACAGAAACAAAAGCUGAUGAAACUAGAACGGGAAGGAAAAUUAGAAGAAUAUCUGGAGAAAGAACCAAAUUUUCUUCAUUCUCUCUUGUCUGAUCAUAGAGUUACCGAUGAACAAGUCAGCGUGAUCAUAUUAGACUUAAUAGGAGCAGGAAUCGAUUCGACUGCAAACACCAUUGCCUUUUUAUUGUGUGAUUUAGCACAGAAUCCAGAUAAACAAAAGAAACUAUAUGAAGAAAUUAAAAAUGUCCUUGGAAAUAGUAAAAAGGUCAAAAAGAGCCAUCUUGCCAACCUUAGUUACCUUAAAGCGUGUGUUAAAGAAACACAAAGAAAAAGGUUUCCAGUUUUCAUUGGAGCACAAAGAAUAUUAGAACACGAUCUCGUUUUAGGUGGAUACCGUAUUCCAAAACAGACGGCCGUUGCUAUAAAUAACGACGCCAUGUCAGUAGAUGAACGAUUUUAUCCAAGACCUAAAGAAUUUAUUCCUGAGAGGUGGUUAAGAAGUUCAGACGAAGAUGUAACUAUGGGACGAAAUCAUCCAUUCGGAAUGAAGCCGUUCGGAUUCGGUCAGCGUAGUUGUCUAGGACAAAGAUUUGCAGAAAACGAAAUAUACAUCUGUAUACUCAAGCUCAUCCAGAAUUUUGAGGUAUCACUGCCAGCGAAUGUAACUGAUAUACCAACAGUUAAACGAACAUUUAUAACACCAGACGCUGAACUCAAAUUAUUCUUAAAGGAAAGACCAGAGAUUGACGUUUGAACAUAAUAAUCAAAUAGAAGUAUCUAAGAGUAACCUGGAAUAUUCUAAGAGUCGUUUAACAUUAUGUGUACUUUUGGAAUAUCUAACAUUGGGUAGAAAGCAAUUUACGUAUUGCAAUUUUUUCUUCUAAUUUAUAAUAUAUUAUAAAUGAAGAUUAGUGUGCCCUUUACUCAAAAGCAUGCCUUAAAGAAGUUACCAGGACAUUUAUUAUCAAACAUCCUCAUGAGAUAGAAAAUAGAUCAUACGUUUAACUCUUUUCGAGAUUUUUUUCUAAACGUAUAUUUUCGAUCAGCUGAAUGAGGAAAUUGUACGACGACUGGUUUACCUGUCUAACGUUUUACAUGUACAGUACAUUCUAUACAAGAAGGUCAUAACUGGGACCAGAUUACAAGGACUUUUAAAUUUAGAUUAAAACGCAUAAUACUGUAGCGGAAAAAGAAGAAGGUGACCUGAUAGGACAAGGUUUACCUUGAUAAAUGUUAAACUGGAUUCCUGUUGUGUUCACUUAUCUCUACAAUAACUUUCGGUGCGGUGAUGUAGAUGAAAUGGCGGACCUGAUAGAUAAAGGUGACCUUGCAAGAAAGUUGGACUAAUACUCAAAAGUCAGGGCAAAAAAAAACAUUUCACGAAGGAAAUGUUAUAUCUUAAAUGUAUUUACUCGCAAAUCUGACACAUUUUUUUUUUUAUAAUUUAAGUUAUUUAAGAAGUCAUUUCUAUAGUUGAUUGAACAUUAAAAACUUUAUAGAAGUCGCAGGCGACACUAUAUUUAUUUACAUGUAUUUGUUAACAUAAAAGAAAUGUAUUCUUAUAUUGUAUUUUUUAAAAUGUUUUACAAUGUUCUUGUUUUAUUUUUUUACAUUUUGUUAUAUUUAUAAAAAUUGACAAAAUACAUUUGUAACAUUCGUUCUAUAAACUUGUGUAUAUGUGUAUGUUAGUAUGUUGGUUAUUGUGAAUGUUUGUGCAUUUAUUUGUUUGAGUGUAUGUGUAAUGUUAUUUAUACCUGCAACGAUGCUUUUUUUUGUGUGUGAGAGUAAAUAUGAAUGGUUGUGUGUGUGUAUGUUUAUGGAGAGAGAGAGAGAGAGAGAGAGAGAGAGAGAGAGAGAGAGAGAGAGAGAGAGAGAGAGAGAGAGAGAGAUUUUGUAAACGUAUUAGAUUAUUGUAACUUGAUGUUGUUAUUUCAGUAUUAAGAGUACAAUUGGGGAUUGAACACAUUUUGUGGAAAUAAAGAAAAUUGGCAAAACCAGUGUUAUUUAAUUUUGUAAAGAUGUGAUCAUUUCCCAGUUGAUCACUAUUAAUGAACGGGCAUUUUAUUUGACUUAUUAUUAUUUUAUAAGAUAAGGUCAAACAAAAAAAAUUGUGUGUUUACUGUCACAUGCUAAAAAAAAGGGUAGGGAUUUUUUUAUUUUUUAAUAUUUUUUUUUUACAUCUAUGGGAGUAAAAUUCUGACUUUAACAGUGAUCAAUAAAAAUAAUGGUAAAACAACUUUAGGGUAGGGGAUAAAAAUUAAGGUAGGUAGGGACACAGUAAACACACAUACUUUUUUGUUUGGCCUAAUCUAUAGACUAUGUAUUAGAUAUUAAAACUAACAAGAUAAAUGCACGAGGUGCUAUAAUGAUUGAAUGUUUCAUGUUGUACUUUAAUAAAUAAUGUGGAAAAAAUCUAGACAA